AUGGCUCAGUCAUUAGCACUUCAGUUUCUUACUUUACUCCUUUUCUUCUUCAUGAUUGGUCAAGGCUUUUGUACCAGAGACUUGAAGGUAGUGCUGGGGGAUCAGAACGAAGAACCAUAUAUUACACAGUAUGGAAAUACUAAACCAAAUUAUGCAGCUUCAUAUGCUACCACAAAACACAACAACCAUAUUAUACGUCCUGAAAAUCUAAAUGAACUCGAUAAUCAUGAAGCCGAACAACCAGAUUACAUUACCGGGUAUAGGACUCGUGGCCGUGAUUCCAAUAAACCCUACAUAACUUCCUAUGGUAACCAUGAAACCAAACAACCAGAUUACAUUACCGGGUAUAGGACUCGUGCCCCUGAUUCUAAUAAACCCUACAUAACUUCCUAUGGUAACCAUGAAGCCGAACAACCAGAUUACAUUACCGGGUAUAGAACUCGUGCCCCUGAGUCCAAUAAACCCUACAUAACUUCCUAUGGUAACCAUGAAACCAAACAACCAGAUUACAUUACCGGAUAUAGGACUCGUGCCCCUGAUUCUAAUAAACCCUACAUAACUUCUUAUGGUAACCAUGAAACCAAACAACCUGAUUACAUUACCGGGUAUAGGACCCAUACCCAUGAUUCCAAAAGACCAAACACUUUCUAUGGUAAAGAUGAAGUCAAAGAGCAAGAUUACAUUACUGGAUAUAGGACUCAUACCCACGAAUCCAAUGGCCCUUACAGAACGGCCUAUGGUAAACAUGAGGCGAAUCAACCAGAUUACAUCACCGGGUACAGGACUCAUACUGAUGAAUCAAAUGGACAGUACAUAACUUCCUACGUUAAACAUGAAGCCAACCAACCUUACAUCACACAGUACAGACCAACUUCCCUUGAAGCCAAGCAGACUCUCACAACUCCAAACUCAAAAGAUCAAGAACGGUCGGCAUCUCUCAACAUGGAUCGCACAGAAGCUUUCAAGACUGGAUAUUUCAAUAUGGAUGAUCUUUAUGUUGGACAUGUAAUGACCCUCCAGUUUCCAGUCCAGGAGGUUUCUCCUUACCUCUCUAAAAAAGAGGCUGACUCCAUUCCUCUCUCAAAAUCACAACUCCCAAGUGUUCUACAACUCUUCUCAAUCACAGAAGAUUCUACUCAAGCCAAAUCGAUGAUAAAAACACUUGAAGAAUGUGAAGGAGAAACCGUUACUGGUGAGACAAAGAUCUGUGCCAAUUCUCUAGAGUCCAUGCUUGAAUUUGUUGACAUAAUUAUUGGUUCAGACACCAAACAUAGUAUUCUCAGUACAAGCAAGUCAACACCCACAGCUGCCACUUUACAGAAGUACACCAUUUUGGAAGUAUCACAUGACAUUCAUACUUCCAAAUGGGUAGCUUGUCAUCCCCUACCCUAUCCAUAUGCAAUUUACUAUUGCCAUUACAUAGCUACAGGGACUAAAGUGUUCAAAGUCACACUUGUUGGUGAUGAGAAUGGAGAUAUAAUGGAAGCUCUUGGCAUUUGUCAUUUGGAUACAUCUGAAUGGAACCCGGAUCAUAUUAUAUUUAGGCAGCUUGGAAUUAAGGCUGGGAAGAAUACUCCAGUGUGUCAUUUUUUUCCUGUAAACCAUCUUUUAUGGGUUCCUGUGGAGCCUUCAAAAGCCACCAUGUGA